CUCAAUCCUCACGUGGUUUUUGUAAUAUUUACAACGAGGUGGAUCAUAUGUGAUUAUGUAAAGUGCGAUGCUUGUAACUAACAUCCUCCACCAAGACUAACUUAACAGUUGUUGAUCAGACGGGAGAGGUGUGACUGAUCCUGAGGAAACUCACCCACUGAAAUGAGCUUAAAACUGACUCAUGUUAUCAAGAGGAUGGAACAUGGAGGAUGUCUGGUGCUACUGACUAUGCUAUGCUCGUGUUUCCCGGCUCAAGCCGCCGUGGUAAACCCGAAUGUUACAGCAGACACGUGUGUGCUGCUAGGGGAUGAAGAUUUAACCUCCCAUUACGUGUACCUGCCUACCAACAUCGUCGUUAAGCCCCUGUCUACACAGUGGCGGCUUGACUUAACAUUCAACGAAGACAGACAGAAACCUCUAGUCUGUGUCAGACUUGUGCUCAAGGAAGAGAAGAUACAACUGGGACUCUACACGGAAAAAUGUGAAGACGAAAAUAUCAAAGACUUCAAUCUGUGGAAAUCACAAUAUGUGAGACCUCAUGAGUGGACGAUGAUAAACAUAUCGGUGACUGGACACAUAACAUUAGCGGUGGAUAAGGGUGACCCAAUCAAUCUUCUAUCGCCUGUGCCUGUGUCUAAACAUGGAUUUGUAUAUGUAUCUCAAAAACACUCAGUGGAUAUUGCUCUUGGGUGUCAAGUCAACUGUCCGGCUUGCAGAGCCUCGAAACCUUCUGGUAACAAGUUAUCUACCAUAGCUGAAUUAAAAACAACCACUGAGAAAUUUUUCUUAAAAGUUGGAAGAGAAUUUACUCGACUAAACUUCGAAAUAAUGUGCGAAACACAACUUGGCCAGGAAGUAUUUGUCGGAAACACAGACAUAAAUCCAACUGAUAUUGAAGAACUGACACCCUUGAAACAGUGGCACAAGAUUUCCCUUGAAUACUACGACACUGAAGAUACAUACAUUAUCGCCAUUGACUACAGAAGAGCUAGAAAAGAAUCUACUGGUCUCAAGGCCUGUAGCGUAUUUAAGAAGUUCUUCGUCAGAGCUGCGGGAGAGACGCUAUACAGCUACGACUGUGACCCCACUAGCGGGGAGAUACAUAUAGAGUCCCCAGAUGAGACUCACCCAAAAAUGAACCAAGAGAGUAGUGUUGCUGGUGCUGUUGGUGUGGCCGUGGUUUGUACUAUUGCACUAAUAGGUGUAAUAUCUCUCUUAUUAUACUUAGCUGGUUACAGGAUAAAACAUGAAGCAAUAAACCAAGUGUGUAGAAAGUGCACUUCUAGUAAUGAAAACAUAGUCUCCAGGAACACUAGAGUGAUUACCACACCUGCCUGGGUGUCUACCACACCUGCCUGGGUGAUUACCACACCUGCCUGGAUGUCUACUACACCUGCCUGGGUGACUACCACAUCUGCCUGGGUGAUUACCACACCUGCCUGGAUGUCUACCACACCUGCCUGGGUGAUUACCAAACCUACCUGGAUGUCUACCACACCUGCCUGGGUGAUUACCACACCUACCUGGAUGUCUACCACACCUGCCUGGGUGAUUACCACACCUGCCUGGAUGUCUACUACACCUGCCUGGGUGAUUACCACACCUGCCUGGAUGUCUACCACACCUGCCUGGGUGAUUACCACACCUGCCUGGAUGUCUACUACAUCCUGCCUGGGUGAUUACCACACCUGCUUGGGUGAUUACCACACCUGCCUGGGUGAUUACCACACCUGCCUGGAUGUCUACCACACCUGCCUGGGUGAUUACCACACCUGCCUGGAUGUCUACCACACCUGCCUGGGUGAUUACCACACCUGCCUGGAUGUCUACUACAUCUGCCUGGGUGACUACCACACCUGCCUGGGUGAUUACCACACCUACCUGGGUGAUUACCACACCUGCCUGGAUGUCUACUACACCUGCCUGGGUGACUACCACACCUGCCUGGGUGAUUACCACACCUAA